AUGACAAGCGAAGAAACUACAACUGUUAUAAGUCCUUUCGAUUUAUUACCAGACGAGAUUUGUUUAAGGAUAUUUACAGAAUUACCUGUGUCUACUAUUUGUCUUUGUCAAACGGUAUCUAAAAGAUGGUAUUAUAUAUUUCAAGAUGAAUCAUUAUGGCAACAUCAUUGUUCAAUAUUUUUUGAACCGGGACCUUUGCCACCAAGAACAAGUUCAACUUUAGAUAGUUGGAAAAAGUUUUAUAGACUACAAUUGGAUCGGAAUCGAGGAACGGCAAAAAAAGCGUUUAAUUUUAAAGCUCAUGAAUCCAAAGUCAUUUCAUUAAAAUUACGAGGAAAUAUUUUAGUUACGGGAUCAAACGACAAGUGUCUUGGUGUAUGGAAUAUUAAAACUGGUAAACGGGAAAAAGAAAUUCAUGUUGGUGCUGAUAUUAUUUGCGUUGAUUUCAUUGAACAUAAAGAUGUGAUUGUUUGUGGAUCUUAUUAUGGUGAUUUCGGAUGUAAGUUAUUUUCUCUUUCAACGGGAAAACCUCUCGGGGAGUUUCGAGAGGAUCAUUGGAUAGGAACUCAAUGCUUGGAUAUUAACGAUGAAUAUAUUAUAUUAGGAACUUAUAAAGGAAUGAUACAUGUACUAUCUUGGAAAGACGGUAGAAAGGUAGCAUUAUUUCAUAUUCAUAACAAUAGGGUUGCAGGUGUUCGCCUACUUGGUAAAGAUACUGCCAUGUCUGUUUCAUCAAAUGGAGCUAUUGAUAUAUUCAGCAUUUCAACAAAUGAUUUACUUUAUCAACAUUUCCUACCAAGAACGGCCGUCAACAUAUGCGCGUUCGAUAAUAAUGUAGAAGGACAUGACCUUUUAUGUAUAGCACCAGAGGGAUCAAUAUUUCAUUUAAGGUGGGAAGAUUUAGAUGAUGUGAAAGGAUCUAUUUUGAGCGAAGAGGGAAAAAUCGAUGAGAGGAUAAGAAAAUUAUAUUCAAAAGAUCCAAUAAUAAUUUAUCAAAAUAAUGAAAUAAGUGAUAGAUUAUUUUGUGCGGCAAUCGAUUCAAGAUAUAAUUACGGAGUCAUUGGAUCGUUAUCGUCAUUCCCGCCAAAAGGCGAUUUAUUAAUUUAUAAUUCAAAUGUCAGUAGAGUAAAUGGAAUUCGCGGUUUUAAUAAGAUUAAAUUGAAGAAUUUUACGUCAUCUGAUACUGUAUGUAAUGUAAAUGGUGAUACCGAGAAUGUAGGGAAUGUUUCCCGUACGGAAAAUGGUCUAUUAUCAUUACCUGAUUCCUCUGGUUCCGUGUUUAAUGUGUUGGGAAUUGAUGAAGAAAGGGUUGUGUCUGGCUGUACAAGAGGCUGGAUUCAUUGUUUUGAAUUUAAUACUUGA